ACCUGUCGUCUCUGUGGGUAGCUGAUCAGGCUCAUCACUUUGGAGGGAGGUGGGGUAGGGCCACCCAGAUUUCUGGGAGGGGGACUCUGUGGAUUACCUGAAGGGUUGUUUUUUUAGAAGGGCGGGGGGAAGAGAAUUAAGCUGAUUUUUGUUCCGGAGACAGCUUCACCAUGCCGGCCUCGCAAAGCCGGUCCAGGGCCAGAGACAGAAACAAUGUCUUGAACAGGGCAGAGUUCAUGUCGUUGAACCAGCCCCUGAAAGGAAGCCAGGAGCCGAAGGGCUCCGGCCGACGGCAGAACAGCCAACCUGGCCCUGCUCCGGCCCCGAACGAGGGCCCCAAGGAACGGAGGCAAUCCCAGCAGCUCCCCGAGGAAGACUGCAUGCAGCUGAACCCCUCCUUCAAAGGCAUCGCCUUCAACUCCCUGCUGGCGAUAGACAUCUCCAUCUCCAAGCGGCUGGGGGUGUGCGCCAGCAACGCCUCCGCCUGGGGCAAUGCCCGCUCCAUGAUCAGCCUCAUUGGAUUGACUGGGCAUGGGGUGCCCUGGAUCGGGGGCACGCUGAUCUGCCUGGUGAAGAGCAGCACCCUGGCGGGCCAAGAGGUCCUCAUGAACCUGCUGCUGGCCCUGUUUCUCGACAUCUUCAUUGUUGCCAGUUUACAGAAGCUGGGUAAGCGGAAAGGGCCCUACGAUGUCAGCCCGGGCCUACUGGACUACCUGACCAUGGACAUCUAUGCUUUUCCUGCUGGGCAUGCCAGUCGGGCAGCCAUGGUAUCCAAGUUCUUCCUCAGCCACCUGGUCUUAGCCGUCCCACUUCGGAUCUUGCUGGUUCUCUGGGCCUUUUUGGUGGGACUUUCCCGGGUCAUGGUUGGACGGCAUCACAUCUCUGAUGUCCUCUCUGGUUUUGUCUUCGGCUAUUUGCAGUUCAGGGUGGUGGAGAUGAUGUGGAUGUCCUCCAACACGUGCCAAAUGUUGAUUUCGAUGUGGUGAAUGCUAUCUGCUCCACCCCAAAUUUUAUACACCGAGGAAAACUAAAAAAAUGCUUUUCCCAAAUGCGUCAUUUGGAAAAUGGGGAUGAUAUCCAAAUCUUUGACGUCUUAGGUGGGAACUGAGAAUCCUGCUUCCAUCAUGGGGGUGAUCUAGUUGCAUCUACUCAGAUGCCUGCUGGUAAUUGGCUGGGCUUGCGCGAUCAGUCCCCAGAGCGGGAUUUUGCCCGUGUUUUCUUGACUCCUGAUUGGGUGGCAAACUCAAAUGGCUGUAGAGAGAGAACAAAAAUGUUGCUUUUGGUGUAUUUGUUUGUUUAAGAUGGAUGUUCUCCCGUGGCCCUUUUUAUUUCACGUGGUUGUGAAUUCAGUUUGUUUUUGUGGAAGCUGGAAAGUUGGAGGUGAACUUUAGGGUUGAUGGUUGACAACUUGGAAUGUUCCGGGCACCGGACGACUUGGAAUGCCCUGGACUCUUUCAAUCCCCCUCUUGAGGUGGGAGAUGAAGCACCUACAGCAUCUUCUACCCAUUCCUCCUCUCCUGCUUUGCUCUAACAAGCGCAAUUCCAGCUGUGCUGCCUAGCAAGCAAAGGAGGGAUGGACCGCUAGUCUGAGGUUGAAACAGCUGGGAGAGAAGCCAUGGCUGUCCCCAUUUCCCAUCGGAUUGGGGAAUUUAAAGGAACUGUGCAGAUCAACGAGUUACUAUCUGGCAACGCACUGUACUAUCACGGGGGCAAGGUUUUGUCUGAGUUGUAUGCAGCCGUGGUCCCUUGUACAAGAUGGGUACACCACCAAACUUUGAGAAUAAUAAAGGAUGCACCAACCUUG